AUGUGUGUAGAGGCGAAGCCGCCACCGGGUAAGGAGGCGGUGUGGGCGAACAGCACCGCGCUGCGCGUGUCGCUGCUGGCGUGGGGCGGCCGCUGCGCCGUGCGCGCCUGGAGCGUGCAGCUGCGGCCCGCGCGCGCCGCCGCCGCCUGGGCCGCCGUGCCCGCCGACUCCGAGAUUGCGGAGGCCGGCGGACUGCGGCCGGGCGCGUGGUACGAGCUGCGCGUCACGGCGCAUGCGCCCGCCGGCGACACCGUCGCGCUAUACCGCGCCGCCACUCACACGCUGCACGGCGAGCGACUGGGGGAACCGGUGGAGUUACAUACAGAAGAACGCCGCGCGGAAUCAGAGGAGGCGGGAAGCGGUAGGGCGGGCGCGGAUGUGAGCGGUGCGGGGGGUGCGGGCGGCGGGAUGCCAUGGCGCGCUGCGCUCGCGCCGGCCCUGCUCGCCGCCGGGCUCGCCGUGCUGCUCGCCGCGCUCGCCGGCGCCGCGGUGUUGCGCCGCCAGCAAGCGUGGUGCUGGCGACGCACCUGCUCGCUGCACCGGCCGCGACACCCGCACCCGCAGCUGUACACCACCGAGCCCGGAAAGAGAAACGGCAAGACGCUCACGCCACCCGACGGGGAACUGCACGAGAUCAGCCCGUACGCGACCUUCAGCAUGUCGGGCGGUUGCGGGUGGGGAGGCGGCGGUGGCGGCGGGGGGUGCGCGCUGCAUCUGCGAACGUUCGGCCGCGCGGAGCAGCUGGACCUGGCCGCGCCGCCGCCGCGACCCAACCUGUUGUCACACUCCGCCGAGUACGGGCGAUGUCGGGACAGUGACUCCGAGUCGAGCGGCUCGCCGUGCGCCGCGUGCGCCGCCGAGCUGUACCGCCUGCCCGCCGCGCAUCGCGCCGACACGCUGCCAGCGGUGGAGUCCAGCGCCGAUGACACGUCGUACAGCGGCGGCGGGGGCGGGGGCGGCGGCGGGGUGGCCCGGCGAACGGCGCGCGCUCCUCGGCGUCGCGGCGAGCACACCUCUGCGCCCACCGUCAGGUACCGACCCGCUGCACGCACGACGCCCAACCUCCAUUAA